AUGGCACCUAAAGAUCGAACAUCAGAAUUCCAUUCCACCCUCAACUCGAUAAAAUCACGUUCAUCCAUUCCAGCUUCCAACCUCAAGGGAAAAGGGAAAUCAAAUGACAGAGAAGCGAAGCAACCUUUAUUAGCAAAAGACAACAAUUUACCUCCUGGCGGAUCAAAUGGGAAUGGGAAAGGUAACAAGAGCGAGUUUGGUAGAAUGGCUGGUGUAAUUGCUAAAGAUAUCAAUAAUACUACAUUGAAAUUACAGAAAUUAGCUCAACUGGCAAAACGUAAAACGUUGUUUGAUGAUCGUCCAAUUGAGAUAUCGGAAUUGACAUAUAUUAUAAGACAAGAUAUAGCAUCUUUGAACACUCAAAUAGCGUCAUUGCAAUCUUACAUCCGAAGUCAAAAGCCGACAAAUGGCGGAGGUAGCAGUGGUGGUGGUAAACAAGUAGAAGAACACAACAGUAAUGUCGUGAUGUUACUGCAGAGUAGAUUGGCAAAUAUGGGAAUGGGAUUUAAAGAUGUAUUAGAAUUAAGAACUCAAAAUAUGAAAGCUAGUAAAGAUAGAACCGAACAAUUCAUGCACACUACUUCAAACGCUUCAUUACCACCUCCAUCUACCAAUUCAUUACUGUUUUCUCAGUCGGGUGGUCCAGGAUCAGGUUUCGAUCGUAAAGGUAAAUCAAGAGCUUCGCCUAUUCCUGAUGAUGGAAAAACAGAUUUCUUAGCUUUGGAUAUUGAUGGAGAUAGGGGUGAAAGUGGAAUGGCAAAAGGUGGUGAUUAUCAACAAAUGCAAUUGGUUGAGCAACAGAACGAUUACAUACAAUCAAGAUCUACUGCGAUUGAAUCUAUCGAAUCUACAAUCGCUGAAUUAGGAUCAAUAUUCUCUCAGCUGGCGGGUAUGGUAGCUGAACAAAGGGAGACUGUACAACGUAUAGAUGCAGAUACUACCGAUAUAGCAGCGAACGUCACGGGAGCUCAAAGGGAGUUAUUGAAAUAUUAUGCUAGUGUGACUAGUAAUAGAUGGUUGAUGCUUAAGAUUUUCGGCGUAUUGAUUAUUUUCUUUCUCGUUUUCAUCCUUGUAUCUUAG